UUAGAACCAUGGAUAAGGCUGAUAUCGAAGCAAACAACUAAUUCAGAAACUAGUGGAACUCUACAAGUGUAUCACAACAACGAAUGGGGUUAUGUUUGUGAAAGUGGAUUUGAUGAGGAUGACGCUGUAGUAGCCUGUCGUGAACUGGGAUUGCCAACGAAAUACGUGCAAGAAAAAUCUGGAAGUACAUAUUUAAGUGCUAAAACGCACCUGAAAUAUGUCAAUUGUAACGGUGAUGAGGAAACUCUGUCCGAUUGCGCUGCUGACAAUGGGAGCUAUUGUUCAAGUUAUAGAAACACCAGGGUUAAGCUCUUCUGUGAUAGUGAAUGCCCUCGCAUGAAGUAUGGUGACAAUUGUCAAGAAGACUGCCCGUGUAACAGCUAUAAUACAGAAUCCUGCGAUAUGGAGACUGGGGAAUGUGUUUGUAAGCCGGGAUAUACCGGGUUCUCCUGCAACUGCCAAGUUGGUCUUCAUUCCUGUAACUUAACCGUUUCUGAUUGCUACGAGGAAUCGAGUGAAGUAUUCUGUAUUUGCAAAAAAGGUUUUACGAAAUCAGAGCACAAUUGCACAGACAAUGUGCGCUUAAGUCAGGAAAAUUUCGUGCAAGUCUUCAAAGGUGAUGGAUGGACUGGUAUUUGUAAUAACAACCUGAAGUCUAAUGCUUUAGUUACCUGCCGCCAUCUUAACCUUAGCACGGAAGUUGUAUAUUCAACUUCAAAGUAUAGAAGAUAUGGAUACACCGAGAAGUCGGUCAGUUGUAGAGGAACAGAGAACAUAUUGUCGGAUUGUCCUUCUAGAACGGGCUCCUCUUGCUCCUACACCCCAGUCGUCCACUGUGGCGAGUGCCCAGAGUGGAGAUAUUCAGCAGACUGUUCCGAGACAUGUGAAUGUGACAGAGAAACAAGUACAGGGUGUGAUUUCAGAGACGGGACCUGUUCUUGUCGUGACGGUUUUAAAGGGGAGGACUGUAGUUGUCACGUAUCUACAGCUCCUUGCUCGGGAUCGUCCUCUAAAUGUAAACUUGACAGGUGUAUCUGCAAAGAAGGAUCUUUUAAUCAGUCAGCAUCAUGCUUAGAUUUUGCUGAUGUCAUUUACUUUUGCUCUUUUGAAAAGUAUUCAUGGAAAAGUACGUGUAGCAUUGAAACAACAAAUACACGUUUGUACCGAAACUCUUAUUUAUCAACGUACGGUUGGAAACCAAGCAGCGGAACCGAUGACUUAAAUUACCUUUAUCUGGAUACGAAACCUUAUUACUUGUCAGCUGAUAGCUAUUUUACUGAAAUGAAUAUAACAUUGAAUAUAAAACGAAAGCAGUUUUGUCUUUACUUUGACUACUUCCUUUAUGGUCGAGGGUCAAUAAGGAUCUCUACAAUAGAUAACUCGUACUUGGAAUCUUCUGUAGCGGUUCUGUCUGGUUCGCAGCAAAACUGGACGUCCAAAGACACGCAGAUAAAUGGGUCAAAACCUAUACACAUGAUUAAAAUCAGGAUGGAGGAGAGGACUGCCAUUGACAGAAUUAUCGUUGCAGGGUCCAAUUGUGUUUGUUCAAACUGGACGUUUGGUCGAAACUGUGAUAAAUGUGCCUGUGUCAGGAUGCACACAGAGUCCUGUGACAAAACUACCGGGGCUUGUCGCUGUAAGGCUGGGUAUACUGGGGACGCCUGUCAGUGCGAAGCUAAUGGAAAACCUUGUCUCCAUGACGUAAGAUUGGUGAAUGGAAACACAACAAACAUGGGCAGAGUAGAAGUCGUCAUUGAAGGCAUAUGGUCCACAGUAUGUGACGGAAACUGGGAUGAUAAUGAUGCAACGGUCGUCUGCAAACAACUAGGACUCGGAAAAUACGGAAUUGCAAUGAAGAAUGCUGAAUUCGGGAAAGGAGUUGGUCCUAUCCAUGUUGACAAGGUUAAUUGUGUGGGAGGUGAAGAGGAUUUGUUAUCAUGUCCGUUUAGUCGAUCUUCAUGUGACCACUCCGAUGAUGCUGGGGUAGUGUGUGUUAAUGUUUCGAGUGUAAUCCGCCUAAGAGAUGGUACCGAUCGGACAAAUGGUCGUCUAGAGAUCAAAUUGGAUGGAGGCGGAUCUUGGGGUACAGUCUGUGACGACGGCUUUGGAGAAUCGGAUGCUAGAGUAGCCUGUCGACAGUUAGGUCUACCCACGAGAUCUGUUCAAGCAAAAACAUCUGCUUAUUAUGGAUCGGGAUCGGGGCCGAUUCUUUUAAGCAAUCUACGGUGCAACGGAGAUGAACCUGCUAUUCAGUCGUGCUCUGGUACAAAAAAUCCCAGUAGUUGUGGGCAUUACGAAGAUGCUGGUAUAUCUUGCUCAAAUGAUUGUCCCUCGUUCACUUAUGGAAGAGAAUGUGAAGAUGAUUGCGUUUGUGACCGUAGUAACUCCUUGUCAUGUGACAAAGACACGGGGGAAUGCGUGUGCAGGAGUGGAUGGUCAGGUGUACGUUGCACGUGCGGACGAGGAAUGAAAUGUGGCGAAAAUUCGUACUGCGAUGAGUACAAAUGCCUAUGUGUGGACGGUGUUUUCACUAAACCAUCCAACUGUUCAGAUGCCACAGACGUUUUGUAUUCCUGUUCGUUUGAAACAGAUUUUGAAACAUGUUCAAUUAAAAAUUAUGGCGUCAUGAAAUGGAGAAAAGAUAGCAGUGGAACACCCAGUGAUGAUACGGGCCCAUACUCGGCGAAAGAGGGAAGAUACUACGUUUAUACAGAGGCCACCAGCCAAUCCACUGGCGAUAAAGGAGUCAUGGAAAUACCCGUAUCUAAUUUAAAUCUUCUUUCUCAAGAAUGA